UGUUUGUUUGUUUACAUUAUUUAUCUUAAGUGAUUGGCCUGAUGGUAUUUUGAAUAAAAUUAUUCUUAUUCGUAAUCUUAGUCGAAAUUAGUUAGUGAAUGAAGAAUUAAGUUGAAUUAACUUAAUUAGAGAGAGUUGCAUCGCAUUUUCCUUCUACUUAUGAAAUCUGCUUGGCAAAAACUAACCCAUCAAUAGUAAAUUGUGUUACUGUUAUAAACAACUAAGUAUAGGUAUUAAAUACAGGCUUUAGACUACUAAGGCCAUUAACAGUUAUGCAAUCAACUUAACAAUCCUUAUAUUGAAGUGCUUAUCUAAGUUAAGUCUCAUGAACUGUACCCUAAGAAGAGUUACUGUAGUAGGCCUAUACAACCGAAUGAGUAGACUUGUAUUCAGACAUAUCAGCUCAAAUUUUUGCCAAACAAAUUUUCAAUUUAGUCGAUUUUUAUCGUCUAUCAAUAUGGGCAGUGAAAAUGAAAUUAAUAUUCAAGGCAUGCGUACAAAGUAUCAUGGUAAAGAAAAUACAUUCCUUGAAACUGAUCUACAGUCUAUCGAUCCUAUAAAGCAGUUCAAAAUCUGGUUCGACGAAGCUGCCAAAACUCCUGGGAUUGCAGAGGCUAACUCUAUGUGCCUAGCGACUGCAUCAAAGGAUGGUAAACCAUCUGCUCGCUUCUUGUUGCUGAAGGGCUUUGGAACGGAAGGGUUCAAGUUUUAUACAAAUUAUAACAGCAGGAAAGCCCAUGAUUUGGAGGAGAACCCUAAUGCAGCAAUAACAUUUUACUGGGAGCCCCUCCAUAGAUCGGUGAGGAUUGAAGGCAAAGUGCGAAGGGUGCCAGAGGCAGAUUCUGACCAAUACUUCCACUCCAGGCCUCGGGCUAGUCAGAUUGGCACUGCCUGUAGCAACCAGAGCUCAGUGAUAGAGAGUCGAGCAACACUCACCGAGAAGGAGGCAGAGUUAGAGCAACUGUACGCGAAUAAGGAGGUUCCUCGACCACCUCAUUGGGGUGGAUACAUAUUGGAGCCAGAAACAAUAGAGUUUUGGCAAGGGCAGAGCAACCGGAUUCACGAUCGUAUUCGGUUUCGACGUUGUAAAUCGGGAGAGAAAGCAGACGGUCGGUUGACACAUGUAGGGGAGAACGGUUGGGUCUAUGAACGGCUCGCUCCUUGAAUCAUGCAAUUUUAGAGUCAUCUAGUCUUCCAUAAACUCAGGUCUUCCAACACAAGUUUCCCUUAUAAGUUGGAACAGUUUAUGGCUUAAGAUGUCGUAAAAUUAUGUCACAUACACAAAUAUUGUUUUUGUCAUACAAUUUAAUAUAGAAAGCAUGUUUUGUAAUUGUAUGUAUCUACUAAUUUCCUUUGAUUUUUUUAAAACUACAUUUAUUUAA